GAAGAGCUUUAACACUCAGAGAGUUCCAUCACCAGCAGAGCGCGAGCGGGACACGCGCACAGAGGAGCAGAGUGCGCGCGCUUUCUUUCGCUUCUCGCUCUCCUUCUCUCUCCUCACCGUGAGGAUGGACCUCCUGCUGCUGGCGGCCGCCGCGUGCGCGCUUUUCUGCCCUUACGCACACGCGUCGCGGGCCAAAGCGCCCGCGCUGCCCAUCCAGUCCGAGAGAGAGCCGCUGCCCUACAAAGGAGUGUCCGGGUGCUCAUUUGGUGGGAGGUUUUAUUCUCUGGAGGACACGUGGCAUCCGGACCUGGGAGACCCGUUUGGUGUCAUGCACUGCGUUAUGUGUCACUGUGAGCCGCAAAGGAGUCGGCGUGGAAAGGUGUUCGGGAAAGUCAGCUGUAAGAACAUCAAGCAGGACUGUCCCGAACUUGACUGUGAGGAGCCGGUUCUGCUGCCAGGACACUGCUGCAAAUCCUGCCCCAAAGGUGACUCAGGCAGGAAGUCUACGGAGUCGCUUUUCGACGGCUUUGAGUUCUUCCAGGAGAAGGAGGACGACCUUCACAAGUCCUACAAUGACAGGUCCUACCUCAGCUCUGAGCAGAUGAGCACCGGAGACAGCAAGACAGAUUUUGUGGCCUUGCUGACAGGAGUGACUGAAUUGUGGCUGCCCAGCUCCAGUGGAGUAGCCCGUGCUCGCUUCACACUCACCAAAACCAACCUGGCGUUUUCCAUUACCUACCAGAGGAUGAGCAUGCCGGGUAUAAUAUUGUUCCAGGACUCAGAUGGAAACACAGCCUUUGAGUUCCGGGUUCCGCGGAUGGAGUCAGACAUGAUCUGUGGGGUUUGGAGGAACCUGCCCAAGUCUCACAUGCGCCAGCUGCAGGAGGAACAGCUUCGCGUCUCCAUGGUGAUGACGGACGGCAGGAGGGAGGAGAUCCAGGGGAAAAUCAUCAAACACAGAGCACUUUUCGCAGAAACCUUCAGCGCCACCCUGACGUCCGAAGAGGAGAACUCUGGGAUGGGGGGUAUCGCCAUGCUGACGCUGAGUGACACCGAAAACAACCUGCACUUCAUUCUGCUCAUGCAGGGAGUCAUUCCCGCCUCGGAGAAGGAGUCUCCGCUGGUGCCCAUCAGGGUGAAGCUGCAGUACCGCCAGCAUUCGCUCAGAGAGAUCCACGCCAACGUUACCGCUCAUGACCCCGACUUCGCCGAGGUUCUGACCGACCUCAACAGCCGGGAGCUCUUCUGGCUGUCCCGCGGGCAGCUGCAGAUUGUCGUGGAAACGGAGGGUCAUGACCCAAGACGCAUCUCCGGAUUCAUCACCGGCAGGAAAUCGUGUGACACACUCCAGAGUGUGAUGUCCAGCGGUGAUGCCUUGACUCCACUUAAAACUGGUGCUGUGGGGUCAGCCAUCUUCAGUCUCCGUGACAACGGCACUCUGGACUACCAGGUCCAGGUGGCCGGUGUGUCCAGUGAUGUAGUCGGAGUGACGAUUGAGAUGAAACCGCGGCAACGGAGUAAGCGCAGCGUGCUGUACGAUGUGACUGCGGACUUUGUGGCGGCGCCAGCGGGAGGACGGGUGGUGGGCAGCUACGGGCGGAUGGAGGCCAGACACAUCCACAUGCUGCUGCAGAACGAGCUCUUCAUUAAUGUGGCCACGGCGGAGCACACCGAGGGAGAACUGAGGGGUCAAAUCAGAACGCUGCUGUACAGCGGCCUGGACUCGCACACGCACGAGCUGCCGUUCCCUCUGGCCGGUCAGUUCGUGUCCCCGCCGGUGCGGACGAGCGCGGGAGGCCACGCCUGGGUCUCAGUGGACGAACGCUGCCAUUUGCACUACGAGAUCACGGUCACCGGCCUGGGCAAGAGCCACGAGGUGACAGUGAAUGCUCAUCUGCACGGCCUGGCCGAGAUCGGAGAGAUGGAGUCGAACACCAACCACAAGAGGCUGCUUACCGGCUUCUACGGAGAACAGGCCCAGGGAGUUCUGAAGGAUCUGAGUGUGGAGCUGUUGAGGCACUUGGACAAAGGCACUGCUUUCAUUCAAGUCAGCACCAAAAUGAAUCCUCGGGGAGAGAUACGAGGACGGAUCCACGUCCCCAACAGCUGCGAGUUUGGCUCCCGCGGUGAGGUCGUGGAGGAGGCGGAGUUUGAUGACCUGGUGUUUGUUAGGGACCCUGAGGAACUGAGGAAAGACCCCCACACCUGCUUCUUCGAGGGCGAGCACCACGCUCACGGCUCCCGCUGGACGCCCCACUACAACUCCUGCUUCAGCUGCAUCUGCCAGAAGAAGACGGUCAUCUGCGACCCUGUGAUCUGCCCUGCCCUCACCUGCCCACAUACCUACCAGCCUGAGGACAAGUGCUGCCCGGUGUGCGAUGAGAGGAAAGUACCCAAAGAGAUCCCAGCAGCAGAGAAAGUGGAGGAGCAUCCAGAGGGGUGUUAUUUCGAGGGCGAUCAGAAGAUGCACGCGCCAGGAACCAUGUGGCAUCCAUUUGUUCCUCCCUUCGGCUACAUUAAAUGCGCCGUCUGCACCUGCAAGGGCUCUACGGGUGAAGUGCACUGUGAGAAAGUGACCUGUCCACCGCUCACCUGCAGCCGGCCGGUCAGACGCAACCCGUCAGACUGCUGUAAGGAGUGUCCAGCUGAAGACACGCCCCUACCAGAGGAGGGCGAGUUGAUGCAGGCGGACGGGGCGCGCCACUGCAAGUUCGGCAAGAACUACUACCAGAACAGCGAAAACUGGCACCCUCGCGUGCCGUUGGUCGGAGAGAUGAAGUGCAUCACAUGCUGGUGUGAUCAUGGGGUCACCAAAUGUCAGAGGAAACAAUGUCCACUACUCAGCUGCAGCAACAUUACACGCAGAGAGGGGAAGUGCUGCCCUGAAUGUGCAGACGACUUCACCAAAGAGGAAGAGAUGAAGAUGGUGGAGAAGAAGAAAAGCUGGAGACACUGAUCUGCUUCUCCCCUCACGCCUCCCUCCCUACAUCCACCCACCCACCCCUCUCUCUACCUUCACCUCCGGGCUGUCUCUCGCCUGCGGACUGUUCUGGAAACGACAGAAAUUCGAGACAGAGAAAGAGUGCGCGGCCGAAAGGCAGGCCGAGGGGUUGUCACUGAAGGAAAAGAAUGUAGAAGAAGAAGAAAACGAAGGAGUAAAAAAGAGGAAGAGGACCGACUCGCUGCUGCAUUGGAUAGAAAAGUCCUUCUUGGAUUGAAUGUGUUUUUUUUUUUUGGUUUAUUUUUGUACAGCUUUGUUAUUGUAUGUUUUUUUUUUUUCAACUCAGAGCAAAAAUGCUGCCACACACACGUCGCAUGUUUUCUCGCAUGUCAGCGGGGGGGGGGAUGGGCGUGUGCAUUAAAUUGGCCCGUUAAGUCGAGGCGCAGACUUUAAAGUUACAGAGGCAGCAAUAAACUCAUUGGGUGGCAGUGAGUGAAUGUAAAAGGCCAACACGUGUGCACAUAUACAAACACAUGCUUUCCAUAUGCUUCAAAUGCAGCCCCGCCUCACACUCAUCAUCAUCAUCAUCAUCAUCAUCAUCACAACAGUCAAUAUGCAAAUUUCAGCCCCUCGUCUAAGCCAAUGUGCUACUCUGCUCUGGAUUACACAAUGCGACUGUGACGUCACAAAGUGCCUGGCUAAAGAUCUGCCUCUGUCACUUCUGAUGAGUGGGAGGGGUUUGAUUAAUUCAUUUUUUCCCACUCGUGUUGCACCUGUCUGGUUGAAUGGAUACUAAUGUAUAAUAUUUUAUAAUUAUUUGCUGUCAUUAUUGUGAUUAUUAUGAUGAAUAUUUUAUAUUU